AUGUCGACGACGACGGGAGCUUUCAUUGCAGGAGGUGUUGCAGCAUGUGGUGCGGUCACAGUAACUCACAGCUUUGAGACUGUCAAGAUCCGUUUACAAUUGCAAGGAGAGUUGCAAUCCAAGACCGACGCGGUCAAGAAAUACCGAGGUGUUUGUCACGGUGUCAAGGUGAUCUUGCAGAAUGAAGGGCCUCGCGGUCUCUUUCGGGGUAUUGGCUCUGCCUAUAUCUAUCAAGUCCUGUUGAACGGGUGCCGUCUCGGAUUCUACGAACCUCUGCGCGGGAGCAUCACAAAUGCGAUCUACAAAGACAGCCAGGUCCAGUCCCUGGGAAUCAACGUCUUCGCAGGUGCCACGUCAGGCAUCAUCGGCGCUGCAGCUGGCUCGCCAUUCUUCCUUGUCAAGACCCGUCUACAAUCCUUCUCGCCGUUCCUUCCUGUCGGUACACAGCACAACUAUCGCAACUCGUUCGACGGUCUGAGCAAGAUCUAUAAAACCGAGGGAGUGAAGGGAUUGUAUCGCGGUGUAGGCGCAGCGAUGGUGCGCACUGGUUUCGGUAGCUCGGUUCAGCUGCCGACUUACUUCUUCGCUAAGCGUCGCUUGACAAAGCACCUUGGUAUGGAAGAUGGGCCCGCUCUGCACCUGGCCAGCAGCACGGCUUCCGGCUUCGUGGUUUGCUGUGUCAUGCACCCUCCUGACACGAUUAUGUCGAGAAUGUACAACCAGACCGGCAACCUAUACAAGGGCGCAUUCGAUUGCUUGUUCCAGACCAUUCGCACCGAGGGCAUCCUUGCGAUUUAUAAGGGAUACUUCGCCCAUCUUGCCCGUAUCCUGCCCCACACCAUCUUGACACUCAGCUUGGCCGAACAGACCAAUAAAUACAUGCGUAGACUGGAGGACCGGUUCCUCUCCGACUCACUCAAGGCUCGACUUUAA